AUGGAAGCCACAAAUGCAAUCGUAUUGAGAAAUUGUUUUAACGAAGUCAUCAAAAAUUACCUGAAUGACUUUAUUUCAAAAGAAAUUAGACCAGACAUUGCCAAGUUAGAAAGAUAUUUGAUUGAUAACAACUGUGAACUACCAAACUGUGAAGUGAAAAAGCUUUCGAAUAUGUUAGCUAUAGGCCAAUCCAAUUUAGUAGAUAUCAUAAUCCGAACAAUGUCACAUUUCAACUCAUUACCAGUUGAUCGUCAGUACUCUUUAAUGAAGAUGUUACAAGAUUUUUAUUUUUCUAGUGUUUUAGCGGAAGAAUCAUUAGAUCACUAUAUAGACGUGACGAUGUCGGCUGAUGGCUUUAAUUUCAAUGGAAAAUUUUUUUACAGGGAUACGUUCCGUCACGAGAAAAUAAAGAAUAUGAAAUAUUUUCUGCCGUACAUAGAAGACAAGUUUAUAAACGAGGAGUGUUGCAUAUGCAGCAAAGAGUUUGUGCAGAGUUCCUUCAUCUACGAAAUGGUUUGCAGACACGCAUUCCAUUUCAAAUGUUUGGACAUGUGGCUCGAAAACAAUGGCAGUUGUCCAUAUUGCCGCAAAGAUAUUGUCUCCAAAAAGGCGAAAGAUUCAAACUACUUCAUUGAGGAUAAAGAAGAUGGCAGUAAACUCGUCCUCAUUUACAUCCUGACUAAACCUUAUCAGUAUGAACUUAAUGAUAAUAUAUAA